GGACUCGCGCUCCGAUACCUUUGGGACUCCACUUUGACGCGUAGCAGCUGUACGCCAUCGACGCGAGGGCUGCCUCACCCUGCGACCUCCUCUCAUCAUCCCACGCGCACGCCGUCGACGACCAGGAUGCGCGAGCUCUCCCCCGCCGCCCGGCUCAAGCUCCAGGAGCUCGCAGAUCGGCCUGCUGCGACCUUCAAACAGCGCCUCGCCUUACUGCAAUUCCAAAUCGUCGUCCUGCUGAUACUGUACGUCGUCGUGCGAAUCAUGCUGAAAAUCCCGUGGCUCGGCCGCGGCCUGAGCAAGGUCGUGAAGCUGUCGCGGCAGGGGCCGUUGUACAAACUCGGCGUGUGGCUCUGCCGGCGGCUCGCUCGGGUCACAAUGGGACGGCACGCCUACGCGAAGCCGUCGAUCGCGCCCGCAAUCCGGGUCAAGAAGCGCACGGCGACGACCAUCGAGGUGAAAGUGGUGGCCUGUGUGGAAAUCAACCAGUGUGCCGGGUGCACCAAGUCAUUUCUCGGCGACGACGCGGUCGUCCUGGCUCCGUCGAGCGGUGAGGAACCGACAUCGCCACGCCAUCGAACAUGUGUCGCGUCGAUGGUGUGGAGAUCGACGCAGGAACGCGCCGUAAAUUUGAUUUCCACAUAGGUGGUGGCAGUGCGGGGCCGCUUCGGCAACGCAGAUGACGUGAUCGUGGAGAGCCGUGCUGACGACGGCGCGUGGACGCCACUGACCUACAAUGCCACCGAGAAGACGGCCACGGCCGCGACGACGCCCGGCGCCUCGCUGGACAUUCGCGCCCGGGCGUCGAACGUGCGGGGCGCCGGGCCCUGGUCGGCUCCACUCCAAGCUACGGCUUUACUCAAGCCAAACGCUUUUCAUGGAGGCGACUGCGGCGAAUUUUCGUGGCGCCAGACGCCCGAGACGGUCACGUGCGUCAUUGAAUUGCCGAGAGGUCGGAAGGACGUCGUCGUCGAGGCGACGCGCGAAACGCUAACCGCGGGCCUCAAGGACGUCGCGUUCUUCGACGGGGCGAGGCUCCUGCGGCCCGUCGGCGAGGCGCGGUGGGAGAUCGUUGAUGGUGUGUUGAUGAUCACGCUGGAGAAGGCGGUGCCAACCUUUCGGAGAGGCGACCACUGGGACCGCCUCUUCGCGACGGGGCCCCGCGUGGACACGGCGCUGCUGCCGCUGUCGCUGCCGUCGAUUGCUAGUGGCUAA